CGCCCGCCCUCCGCCCUGCCGCCAAUGAGGGCCGGCACCGUCACGGCGGCGUCACGCGGGCGCGCCAAGAUGGCGAAGGUGUCGGACAUGUACGACGUGACUUGGGAAGAUAUGCGUGACAAAAUGAGGAAAUGGAGGGAAGAGAACUACCGAAACAGUGAACAGAUAGUGGAUGUUGGAGAAGAGUUAAUUAAUGAAUAUGCAUCUAAACUUGGAGAUGACAUUUGGAUAAUAUAUGAACAGGUGAUGAUUGCUGCCCUGGACUGCAGUCGAGACGAUUUGGCAAUGUUUUGUCUUCAGGAACUAAGACGGCAGUUUCCUGGGAGCCACAGAGUGAAACGAUUAACUGGGAUGAGAUUUGAGGCUAUGGAAAGGUAUGAUGAUGCCAUCCAUUUAUAUGAUAGAAUUUUACAGGAAGAUACAACUAAUACGGCAGCAAGAAAGCGUAAGAUUGCCAUUCGAAAAGCCCAGGGGAAAAAUCUUGAGGCCAUCCGAGAGCUGAAUGAGUAUCUGGAACAGUUUGUUGGAGACCAAGAAGCUUGGCAUGAACUCGCAGAGCUUUACAUCAACGAACACGAUUAUGCAAAGGCAGCUUUCUGCUUAGAGGAGCUUAUGAUGACUAAUCCACACAACCACUUAUAUUGUCAGCAGUAUGCUGAGGUCAAAUACACUCAAGGAGGGCUUGAAAACCUUGAGCUAUCAAGGAAGUAUUUUGCACAAGCACUGAAACUUAACAACAGAAAUAUGAGAGCUUUGUUUGGCCUUUACAUGUCUGCCAGCCACAUUGCUUCCAACCCAAAAGCAAGUGCAAAAAUGAAGAAAGAUAAUAUGAAGUAUGCCAGCUGGGCAGCCAACCAAAUAAACAGAGCAUAUCAGUUUGCAGGUCGCAGCAAGAAAGAAACCAAAUACUCAUUGAAGGCAGUAGAAGACAUGUUGGAGACCCUGCAGAUCACUCAGUCGUAGCUGGGUGCAGAGCUCUACUACUCCAUUUUCCAGUCCAUCAUAAACCUGUAGUGACCUAAGGGUUAUGUUACUCUAGUGCUGGUAAAAGCUGAUUUUGUAUUGAUGAACAUGCUAAAACAAUGUUUCCUGACCACUCCCAUGCCUGUUAAUUGCUGCUAAGAGAAACCUGAUGAAACUUAGCCCCACAGACAACAGGAACCAAGGACGUGUGCUGCACAUCAGCCCCUUCACAUUUUUCUAUCUACAGUACCUGCUUUUAAGCCAUAAUUUGUAGAAAUAAACUUGUUAAAUGAUUAAAAAGAACACCCCCCCCCCAGUGAUUUAUUUGGACUUGCAAAUGGAAAUGCUGAAUUUCUGUAUGUAGAUGAAUAACAUAUGUUAGAAAUUUUGAUCUUGUUUGCAUAUUUAAGAAUAAAAGCCCCCUGCAGAUGUG